AUAACUUUCUUUUUCGAAAUUAUUAUUCUAAACUUUAGUUCAGUUUUAUAUUUAUCAAGUGCAAUUCUAUUCGAAUUCUAUGAAAUCAUUGAUGCUUGCUUCUGUUUGUACCUAAUGUGGUGAUUUUGAAUGAUUUCAAAAGUUUUAAUCGCCUAUAGCUCUCCGAUUUCGCACUUGGUUUAUUGUAGGUAAGUAUACAUACAUCCCACAGUCGUACGACCGUGGUACAUAUUCUACUUUAUAUAUUUUACAUAUUUUUACAUUUUAUGUGCAUUCUGUGCACAUUUGCGCCUUGAAAUUUCUCAUAAAAGCAUAAAAAUUUGCAAUCUAAUCUUAACACACAUACACAACUCUUAAGCAACUGUUUAUAUUUAAAAUGAACAGACCAAAAUAACAUCACUCAAAAUUUUUAUCUAAUUUAAAUUUUUGUGGAAAUGUAAAUUAUCAAGUAUAAAAAUGCCACCAAAACCAGACACACAACCAGAUACACAAACACAAACUAAACCACAUAAAAAAAUAGGGAGUCUUACAUGCGGUUUUAGAAGUCCGGGUCCAAAAUAUCCACUAAAAACUCUCGUGGGUUAUCAAGAGCAUUGCCUUUCGAGGUACCGAAAUCCAGCAUAUACAUUUGGCAACAAAUAUCCUAGUUUACGAAUAUGUGAAGGACCAGGACCGAAAUAUUUAUUAGACAAGCCCAUACGCGGUGGUUUCUCAUUUGGAUUAGUUGGAAAGACUUUUGAUACUUCGUGUACGCCUGGCCCAAAAUAUCUAUUGCCAUCUCCAAAAGGUCCAUCGUUUACACUAAAAUCCAGAACUAAACAGAGAAAAUGUUCCUUUUCACCGGGUCCUUAUAAUGUAAAAUUUCCUAUACCAGGUCCAGCUUUUUUUAUAGGAGAACGUUUAGCUGCUUUAAGACGUGAUCCCACACCAGGUCCCAAACUUUACAAUGAUGCAUUGGUUGCCCAAAGAGCUCCAAUGUAUAGCGCAACUAUCAGAAGAGACGAAAAAAUAAUUUGUCGUUCUCCGGGUCCGAAAUACAAUCCAAAACCUCCUAAACCACAGCCCAUGUUUUCCUUUGGAAUCAAACACAGCGAGUGUUCUCCUCCUUAUAUCGUUGAAUGCGAUGAUCAAUGUUAAAAUUUUGGCAACUGUAAAUAAAAAGUGUAAACAUUUACGUAUAAAAUAUAAAAACAGAAUCUAUGAAUUUCUU